UCACUAUCACUCACAUUUUCACGAGGCUUCCUGUAAGCCUCUGACAGAGGCUGUGGCUAUAAAUGGAAAAUGUCAGCGGGCACUUAAAAAGAAGAGCAAAUCAUAAGAGUGAGGAGACAGAGGGAUGAGUGAGAGGAUGUAAGAGGGGGAGCUACUGAUAGAAACAGGUAAAGAAUCGCAGAAGGAGAGUUUACUCUUCUGAAACUUGACGUUCCAUCAGAGGAGACGGCAAUGUGUUUCUAUUCAGGCACCCACGGCUAGAGCAGUCACAUCAUGGUCAUGGCUGUGGAGAUGCGGUGGUCCUUAUAUGCAGCUGUGGUUCUGUUUUCAGUCCAAGUUGCCCACUCUCACAGAAGUUUGCAAGGACUUUCCUGUAUAAAUGACUUCAUCCGUAAUCUCAGCUGUACAUGGAGCGGCUCUCCAUUUGAUCCUGGUGUACACUGCUUGAUCUCUGGUGUGAGGGGAACCUUUCCUGGUCUAGUAACACAAAGCUGCAACGUAACACAAGGAACCUCUCCUCCAGGCUGCAGUAUUUCCUUUGAAAAGAUGGAAUUCACUUUUUAUGAAUCCAUGCCCAGCAUCAGCAUGACAUGUAAUGGCAUGUUGGUGGCGAACAUCACUCGUUAUUGCCCACAGAAACACGUUAAAAUGCACCCUCCUGGCGUUCCUAAUGUCACAUGCAGCGGUAAUGAGACAUGGAUCUCAUGGAAUCCAAGCAGUCCUCGCUCUGACUUCAUCAAAGUCUUUGACUUCCAAGUUCAGAUGAAACAGCAUCACCAGACAUGGAAGGAGGCCCAAGUUUUUCCUACGCAGCAUCAUGAGCUACAAAUGUACACUAGACAACUCCAGGGCCCUCACCAGGUCCGGGUCAGGGUGAAGCCUGCGGAUGCCUCUUAUCAAAGUGACUGGAGUGACUGGAGUCAAACAACAUCCUGGAUGGGAGCAGACAUGACACCAGCGACACAAUAUUCAGGGUGGAUUCAGGGUCAGACAUCAUUGGUGACCUUGUUAGUGUUCAUCAUCUCAGGCUUCAUCACUGUUGUAUCACUGGUCAUUUACAGAUAUUGCAUAAAGAGCAUAGUCCAGAAGGGGAAAGAAGUACCAAACCCUUCCAAAUAUUUUGGCACCCUUCAUUCUGUUCAAGAAGGAAAUUUAAAGGAAUGGUUAAAUCCUCUUGCCGCUCCUGAAUCAUUCUUCAGAGCCGAGCCAUGCGACCACAUCUCAUUGGUGGAGGUCUGUGAGACCUGGGACGUGGUCCCCUCCACCUCUCCAUCCUUCAGCUCCACCACGGCCCUACUUCACUUCAGAGGUUACCCCUCGGCUGAAUCAGACACCAGCGGGGUAGCUGACAAUUCCUCUUCCUCCUCUUCCUCCUGCUUUUCCAACAUGGGCUAUUUUAUGUCCAGUUACACCGGCAGCUCAGCUCCAACCAACCCCAGUCCUGCCUACUUCACCUAUAAUGAGGAUUUCCUCAGUCCUCAUAACAGCCACAGCCUUCACCUGUCGCUGUGCCCUUCCAUCAGCACUUCUUCAAAGUAUGAGAGCUUAAAGAUGGAGCCGCAGAGCCCAGACUCUGGCUUUGGUAUCGACAAAGAGGGCAAUGACACGGACAUGGAAGUAGAAAAUGAAGAGGUGUCCGAAGAAGACCAGAGAUCUCCUCUUUUUAUCCUUCCUCUUGUCUCCCUCUCUCCCCCAUCCCCUCCUCCUCAACCUGCAAGUCUAACCCAGGUGUUCUCUGUAAGCCACCAGGUGGAAGCGCCUGUGGGGGCUGGUACUGCUGGUACUGCUGGUACUGCUGCUGCUGGUACUGCUGGUACUGCUGGUACUUUUGGUACUGCUGGUACUGCUGCUGCUGGUACUGCUGGUACUGCUGCUGCUGGUACUGCUGGUGACUCCGCAGCCUGGCCUGUGACCAUGUGUAGGUCUUCAUCUAUGCCUGUGGAGCCGUGUAGAACAGGUUAUCUCACACUCAAAGAGUUACAGACCACAUUCAGCAACAAAUCUAUCUGACAAUUUGUACCAGCGUGUGACAUCCUUCUUAACCCAUAAAGACCCAGUGCUACUUUUGUGGUAGAUCCAAAAAAAAAUGUUUUUUUCUGUAUUUAACUUUUCUUAAGUGAUUUAUUAUAAUUUAUUAUUAUAUUAUUCUCUGUUUUUG